GUUGCUUUUGGCCGCUUUGGGGGGAGACUUGGAGGGGUCUACAGCAAUGGCGUCUAACGAUUAUAGUCAGUCAGCAACACAAAGUUAUGGGGCCUACCCAACUCCACCCACACAGGGUUAUUCUCAGCAGACUAGUCAACCGUAUGGGCAGCAGAGCUAUGGCGGAUAUGGACAGUCAGCAGAUACUUCAGGAUACGGUCAAAGUAGUUACAGCUCUUCUUAUGGACAGACUCAAAGCUCUGGCUAUGGCACUCAGUCAACACCACAGGCCUAUGGCUCAUCAGCAGGAUAUGGCAGCAGCCAAACUUCUCAGACAUCCUAUGGACAGCAGUCAUCGUAUCCCAGCUACUCCCAGCAGCCAGCCAGUUCCACCACUGGAAGUUAUGGCACCAGCUCUCAAACCUCCAGCUAUGGGCAACCCCAGAGUGGAGGUUAUGGCCAGCAAUCAAGCUAUGGCAGCCAGCAGCAGAGCUCCUAUGGGCAGCAGCCUUCCUACAACCCACCUCAAAGCUAUGGCCAGCAAAGUCAGUAUGGCAGUGGCAGUAGCAGUGGAGGAGGCAGCGGUAGUGGAUCUGGUGGCUAUGGCCAGGAUCAGUCCUCCAUGAGUGGAAGUGGUAGUGGAGGAGGCUAUGGCAGUCAGGAUCAAGGUGGAUACGGGGGUCAGCAAGACCGCAACCAUGGUAGAGGCAGUGGAGGAGGAGGAGGAGGAGGAGGAGGUGGAUAUGGCAGAGGUGGCUUUGAUCGGAGUGGUGGUAGAGGCGGCAACAGAGGUGGCCAUGGAGGAAUGGGCGGUGGUGAGCGAGGUGGUGGCUUCAAUAAAUUUGGUGGACCCCGGGACCAAGGAUCACGCCAUAAUUCUGCUGAACAAGAUAAUUCUGACAACAACACCAUCUUUGUUCAGGGACUUGGUGAAAAUGUUACUAUUGAGUCAGUAGCAGAUUACUUCAAGCAGAUUGGCAUAAUCAAGACAAACAAGAAAACUGGGCAGCCCAUGAUUAACUUAUACACAGACCUGGUCCCAUCACAUGACAUUUGCUCUAUUCCAGUGGUGCAAUACUGGCUAAACAGUGCAAUUUCUCCAGUUGGGGACAUGAGCAGGGAUGGCUCAACCCAUUACGCAAAACGCAAGGUGCAGCUCCGAUCCAAGAAGAGAGGAGAAUCCAGGAGAGAUGCUUCAGCUGGCCAGGAGGCCUCCUCCUUCCGGAAUCUCGAGCGAGAAUCCAAAUGCAUUUUUCAUGUGUUGGUGGCAGCUUUCAAGAGGACGUACUCGAAGUAUGAAAUCAUUCUUUCCACCUGCCUGGAACUGAGGGGGAAGGAAGUCCAUGAUGCAUCCCCCAUCACCACGGCAAGGACACAAAACCUGGAUUUGCACUUUCCGGACUGCAGCCCCCACAACAGCCCCAACCAGCAUGAAUACCAACCAGCUGGCUGGGAGGGAUUCUGGACGUUGCAGCUCCAUCAUGGAAUGCCUCUAAAUGUCCAGAACCAGAUGCUUUUUUAG